UUGUCCCUGUGCAACAACAGACAAAUAGCAGUGACUGUGGAGUAUUUGCUGCCACCUUUGCUACAUGCCUUGCUUAUGGUAUACACCCUGAAACAAUGCAAUUUGAUGUCCCUAAAAUGAGAAACCAUUUAUAUCAGUCUUUAAAAUCUGGUGUAUUGAAAAUGUUUCCUAAAUUUUAGACUGCUUAAGGUACAUCUACAGUUAAAAAAUUUUUGGAGAGAAAGAAUACCCACUUUAUUAUAGUGAAAAUAAAAUAGUUGCCCGAUGCAAUGGACCUGCAUACUUGAAUGCUCAAGAUGGAGGGUAGGGACCCAGUCUACGUUGAAUCGAUCCCAAUCUUUCGCAGCUUCUUCUGAAACGAAGUGCCGGCUGCAGACCCUAUCGCGUUCUUAAAUAUCAUCAGUUAAGUCAUCUCUACUUAUCGCACAGAUCCACAUUCUUCUUCGCUCAGAAGUAAGUUCUUCGGUGUACUCUCCUUGACUAUACUGAACACGUGGGACACGAAAAAACAUUACUUUUUCGACGUUAGACCCUUUCUUCCCUGUUUUUUUUCCACAGCUAAUGACAAGGCAAGGGACUGUGAUAACGAAAAUAUAAAUAUUACACGAUUGUCUUCUCAAAACCGUAAAAUGUGCUCCAAAUGUUUCCUGUCACAAUACUCAGAGCUGAUUAUCAUGGAACACCAACAUGGCGGAUGAAGUGGGUUACCAUGACGAUAAAGAAAUUUGGUCACGUGAGUGAAAACAGCGCGCCAUCGUGUUUAAGUUACACAGUAAAAUGGUAGAAAACGGAAGUGGUUUCUCCAUAAUUCACAACGCUGUUAUCAUUUUAGCAAGGUUCGAAAGAAUACGGUUUGUUUUAUUAUAGAAGCAGAAAUGGGUUUUAAACACAGAUAAAGGAUCAUUGGAAUAGAAAUGUCUUUCGCCGUGAUUUAUGCAGGGUCUAAGUUACGUUCGAUCCAAACAGUUUUAAGAAGCAAUUUAGAGUUCAUAGAACAGUUCUCUCUGUGCUUGGAUCGAGAAAUGAGAUCGAUACCAAAUUGGAGACACUUGGCAGCAGAACUUGAGGUCGACGUGGAUGUAAUCAGACGCUUAGAACAGUACCGCGACUUCAGUCCUACCAUCCGAUUAUUUGAAUAUCUCGAGCAGAAACGACCAGAUUUGACAAUUAGACAUCUAAAAGACGCUUUUGUGGAGAUAAAGAGAAACGACCUUGUAAGGUUGCUGGCCGUAGAAGCCAGUUCUGGUGACUCUGAAAAAGUCAAAGAUGCAAUUAGAGCUGAUCUUUUGGACGAAAUUGCCUUGGCUUUGGACGAUUCUUCACUGGUUCUGUCAAACUGGAAAACCUUGGCAGUGAAAUUGGGUGUGUCCCGAGAUGCUUGCCGGGAAAUGGAGAGACAAUCGAUGGAAAGUCCAGCUGGAAAACUGUUCCAGUAUUUGGCUACCUCUCUCCCAGAAAUGACGCUUUCGAGUUUGAAAAAAGCUCUGGAAUCUGUUGAGAGGGGGGAUCUCAUUAAUUUCCUUCUGGAGCAGAACCUAGGAGAUGAUGUGGUUCUUAAGAAUAUUAUCGUCCCUGGAUCGGACCUCCAUGAAAGGAUGACCCAAGAACUUAAUCGUGAAGGACCUGGCAUCAAAAACUGGAGACAUGUGGCAUCGAAGCUGAAAAUCCCAGCUUAUGUAUAUGGAAAUUUUGCUGACUUUGAGCAAACCAGGAAAAGUCCUACAAAAAAAAUCCUGGAAUGGGUGGUCGCUCGGUUUCCUGGAAAAACAUUAAGUGAUCUUGCUGAGGCAUUAGAUAAGAUUCAGCGUAAUGAUGCCAUUCAGAUAAUAUCAAAGUACUAUCCAGACACAGUUGAUUUAGCCCUAGAGAAACUAAGUAGUUCAUCCCAGGAGAGCGUUACAAUGCCAGAUUCAACAGAUCAGGUAAUAUGCACUAGCCACAAAAAGACAGAACAUGGUUCAUCCAAAGAGAGCUUUACAAUGCCAGAUUCAACAGGUCAGGUGCUGUAUACUAGCCACAAAAAGGCAGAACAUGGUUCUCGUCCCAGUCAAGAUUUAGCCUUAGAGGAACUAAGUUGUUCAAUUCAAGAGAGCUUUACAAAGCCAGAUUCAACAGAUUUAGCCUUAGAGGAACUAAGUUGUUUAACUCAAGAGAGCUUUACAAUGCCAGAUUCAACAGGUCAGGUGCUAUCUACUAACCACAAAAAGGCAGAAAAUGGUUCUCGUCCCAAUCAAGAUGUAAAAGUGGAGGAAGAAUCUGGUUACUAUGGAGGUUUGUCAGAUCGAACAGUUUUAGUGGGCGGCUGCGAUACUUGCGAAGGCUUCAAUGUUAUAUAUGCUUUGUCCUUAAAAACGGCAGAUGUAAUUGUUGAAGAAGAAAAUCAGAAGAUUGUGGUGAUGGCCUCUACAUUUCCGUUCGGAUUCACGCAAGAGCAAUUUGAAAAAGUCUUUGGUUUACCAGAAGCUGAUAAUUUUCAAAAGCGUCUGAAUUGCUUUAAGGAAAGUAAUCUCCUUCGCUACGACAGAAGAAAGUGUCAGUAUUUCCUUAAUCGUUCCACUAUAGAUUUCUUGUCCUUGAAGCCCUAUUACAGAAAAGCCAAAUCAAUUUUCACUCGUCACUACAGUGACUUGGCUGUAUCCCUUUGCAAAACAUUCUUGACUAAAGAUUGCAAGACAGCAAUUGAUCAGUACAGAUCUGAAAAGGACAACAUUCGAGAAGCCAUGGCUUGGUGUGGAGGUGAUCAUCUUGAGCUUGAACAAACCGUAAGAGAACGAGCUAUUGCCGCGUUCAAUGAAGCAGCUACAUUUCUUGCCAAAGUGAUGCCCAAACAAGAGUUUCAGUCGCUCUUUUACAAGCUUGCUUGUCGAUGUGCCUUUCACAUGCAACUUCGUUGUGCUUGCUUGACUAACAUUGGAAUGAAAGUUGUGUUAAGCUGUACAUGUACACCUUAUAUUUGUCCAAGAGCCUUAAAUCAAGCAAAGGAAAUUUUGACUCGAGCAAAUGAGCUUCAGUCAACAGCUAAAGGUGUUUGCGACGCAACUCGUGCCCAGUGCUUGAGCAAGCUUGGAUUCUGUUAUGUUCGCGAGGGGCGCGUUGAAAAGGGUUUUGAAUACAUCGACGUUGCUUUGAAAUUGCGAAAGGAGAAAGCAGAGAAAUCCAAGAGGAGCAAAGACGAAGUCAUGUUGGCCGCUUGUAUCAAUGAUUUGGCAGCUUCUCAAAUGGUGCAGCGAAACCAUAUGCUGGCUAUCCAUACAAGGCUGCAACAUGUACUUCCUGUUUAUGAAAAGAACCUCGGUGACCAUCCGUUUACGGCAACGACAAUCAACUGGAUUGGUAACAGCUACCACGCUUUGGGCGACUACGAUAACGCCAUUAAAUAUAUCGGUAAAUCCGUAGAGAUGCGAGCAAAACUUUUGGGGCCUCAUCAGGAAACAGCGAGGUCUCUUUACGAUCUAGGUGUAGCCUUCACUGCGAAACAGAACUACGAAACUGCCCUUAAAUAUCUUGAAGAGGCAGUUGGUUUACAAGAAGAAGUAUUAGACACGUACGACGAGCUGAUUUACACUCACCAAGCCAUGUCCAUUGCCCUUCUUGGUCUUGGAAGAAUCGAGGAGGCGGAAGAAGAAAUGAAACGCUCGGUUGAGUGUGCGAAAAAGUUAGAUUCUUGGGAAGCUCCUUCAGAAAUGAUCGGAACCCAAGAACUAGAAUUCGACUGGGAGCAUUUUUAAAACACUCCCCUGCAGUUAACAGGGAAAUUCAGACUUUAAGAAAAUCUCUCUUGAUCACAGCCGUUGGACCGAAGUAGAUCUGUACAUACUAAUCAACUACGAAAUUCAGAUCUUGAUGAAAAACUUUUGUCUACAAAGGCGGACCGAUUGAAAAUCGGUUUGUCAAUAGAUUAAUCAAUCAAAAUGAUUAAUGCAUUAGUUAUUUAGGGCCAGGGCGCACUGGGAAAAAUUUGUUCAUUUUGCGAGAAAAUCUGUCAUUAUUUCUGCGAGACAAAUUAAACACGCAUGGUGAUUUGUUUUGUCCAAAUUUUGUUAAGCCAUACCUAUCUUCGAAGGUGCCGUCGCCCUUCCUCGGAGCAGGACAAAUUUUUGUCAGCGGCGUGAAGUCUGACAAAUUUUUUUUUUAAUUUACACACCAUGAUUUGAAAGAAACGUCGAUCAACAAAAAAUUUUAUCGCGCUUUUUUAAAGCGAGCCGAGUCUUUAAGACAGAAGCCUUCCAAAAUGUUUUAUAUUACACAACAAUUAAACGGUGAAGAUGAAGGAUGCAUACUUCGGGAUGCGGCACGCCUAUCAAUCAAGCGGUCUGUCAGCUUUUCUAUCUGCAUCCCUGUCAGACAAUCAGUCGUUGAGUAAGUCAAUCAGUCAAUCGAUCAGUACAACUCCCUUCUACUUUCUCAUUUCUUAAAAAGCAGAAAGCAGUUUUGCACAGAAAAAGCAAGGCAAAAAAGAGAAAAAAAAAAUAAAACUUACCUCCCUGAGAAACAUGAAUUGCGAGGAUUGAUUUUACAAUCGUCGAUUUCUAUGUGAUGCGUAGGUGAAAUAAAUUUUUUAUUUAAUUUUUUUAAAUAUUAUUUAUUUAAUCCCUUUUGCAACAAACUGCUAAAUAAACAAUUCCAAAUGAA